CUCUCAACAUGGGAAUGAAGCCAUACCACCAACCUGGUCACUCAAAUGAAGAUUCUCAGGCUAACUCUAAACAUCUCCACUCAGGGACAUCCUCCCUCUGUGUCCAACAAACCCUCCCACCAAUUUCCCCCACCUCACAACCCCACCACCAGCACCACAAUGUUUCCUUCACCCACCACCACUGCAUCACCAACCUCAGAGGCCACACCUCCUACAUCUCCUCCCUUGCCCUUUCUGGAAAAUUCCUCUACAGUGGCUCGUCAGACAACGAAAUCCGAUCGUGGAGCCGAAACCCCUUAAGCACAGACUUAUGCGAUCAUGAGAGUUCAACUGAUAAUAUAGUAGCAGUUGGAAAGGGCGCAGUAAAGUCCAUCCUAGUCAUAGCUGAUAAGCUCUUCAGUGCUCACCAAGACCACAAAAUCCGCGUCUGGAAAAUCAACAGCCACAAACCUCACUCUGAGAAAUACGAGCGCAUUGCCACACUCCCAACAUUCAGUGACCGUGCCCUCAAACUCCUAGCCCCCAAGAACCAUGUCCAAAUCAGAAGACACAAGAAAUGCACAUGGGUUCAUCACGUUGACACGGUUUCUGCACUGGCGUUGUCCAGGGACGAGUCCCUCCUCUACUCCGUUUCAUGGGAUCGGACCAUCAAAGUGUGGCAAGUUUCUGACUUCAGGUGCCUGGAAUCUGUGAGAAGCGCCCAUGAUGAUGCGAUAAAUGCUCUAGCAUUAUCAAACGACGGGCAUGUUUAUACAGGUUCAGCUGACAAGAAAAUAAAGGUGUGGAGGAAAAUCCCAGGGGAGAAGAAGCAUUCUCUAGUGGCUACACUGGAGAAGAAUGACUCUGGGAUCAAUGCAUUGGUUUUGAGCACAGACGAGUUGGUUUUAUACUCCGGUGGAAGUGAUGGAUUGAUAGUUGCUUGGGAAAACAAUGAAGAGGGCAACCUGGUGGCUCUGGGUGCACUAAGGGGGCAUACCAACUCCAUUUUGUGCUUAGCUGUGGUGUCUGAUUUGGUGUGUAGUGGUUCAGCAGAUAGAACUAUUAGAGUUUGGAGAGGAGCUGGUAGAAGCCACUCUUGUUUGGCUGUUUUGGAAGGGCACAGGGGCCCAGUCAAGUGCCUGACAGCAGCAAUUGAUCAUUAUAAACCAUCUGAUUCUUCACCUUCUCAUUCUUCCUCCUCUUCUUCUUCUUCUUCAUCAUCAUCUUACUUGGUAUAUAGUGGUGGUUUGGACUCUGAAAUUAAGAUUUGGCAGAUUAUUGUUCCUCAUAUUUAGAGGAUUCUUCCUCGUUUCUUUUUGCAGUUUUGUACAUCAUAAGGUAAGUGGAUCAUUCUUCCCUUUCGUUCUCCUGUUCUUUUAUUAUUUCUUUUCUUUCAAUAUUUUCUUUUAUUUUUUCUUAAUUGGCCCCGUCUUAAGAUUAGUGUGAAGGUUUGAAACUUCUGUUCGAUAAGGGAAUUUUCAGCAAAGAAUUUCAAAGGAGGUGGUCUAAUCUAGUUAGUCAGAAGUUGAGGGCUGUAAGAUGUCCAGAAUGUAAAUUCUAAAUGAUGGUGUUUGGUUUGUCAAAUAAGAUGAUGUAGAUAUAAUUUUCAGCA